UACGCUAGAGCUUGGGCACGACGCACGUGCCUCCCCGUUCUCUAUCCAGCCUCGCGCACUCUCGCCAGGCCUCUGCGGCAAGGGCCCACCCAUUCAUUCGCCAACCGCGCGAAGUUGUGCGACGCACUUGGCCGUAGAUAUAGCGCCCCGUCGCACGCCACUAUUCAGAUCAUCUAGUAUAGCUUUGAAACGCCAUAUCGAGCAGCACCAGCUGCGUGAUUCGUACUUUAUUUGUUGUUUCUUUUUUCUCCCGCGCUGUCUGUGAGAAAGAAAGAAGAACACAUAAGUCCCGCAACUGCUGGCUUUUUCAGCGUGCGGGAGAGCGCGGGGCACGGAGCGUGAAGCGAAGCGCCACGUAAGAAGAAUACAGUCCUCGCAUCCGCGCGCGUGUGUCGCGUGCUAUAGCAAGGAGGGAGCAACUGCAACUCGUGAUCCACCGGCUAGUUGAGCAUUUUUUUUUCCCUUUCUUCUUCUUCUCUCCCGGUAUCGGCGAAGAGUAAAGACAAGACCCCGACUGCUUGCCUCUGCUGGUGAAUACCUGCUCUCCGGUGGCGCGCAGCAGCAGCAGCAACAGCCCGAAUCUGUGAUACGCGACUUGAGCCUCCACUGCCUCCGUCUGGCCUUUCUCUGCUCAGCAUCCGGGAACGUUUCUCUCCGACCUCGAGCCACGGACUCCAGACCAAGGGAGCGGCAUCCGCACCACCUCGGAGAGCCAUGGCCUACUCCCCCGUCAAAGUGAUGCGAUACAAGCAGGCUAACGGUAACCACCACCACACCGUGGCGUUGCCACCGCCCCCGCCGGACAUCCCCGAGGUGAUCAUCACGGCCUCGCGCGAUGUCGACGAAAACAAGGAGCGUGGCAAUUGGUCUUCGGGUGUGGAGUUCCUGCUCUCGUGCCUCAGUUACGCCGUCGGCCUCGGAAACAUAUGGCGGUUUCCUUACCUGUGCUACCGCAACGGAGGAGGGGCCUUUCUCAUCCCUUACAGCGUCAUGCUGCUAUUCGUGGGACUACCUCUCUUCCUCUUGGAGCUGUCCUUCGGCCAGUACGCCAGUGAAGGGCCGAUCACCAUAUGGAAGAUAUCACCGUUAUUUCAAGGAAUUGGAUACGCGAUGUUCCUGAUGACUGCCUUGGUAGGAGUGUAUUACAACAUGAUUCUGGCCUGGUCGUUAUUCUACUUGGGGUCAUCCUUGACCACGACACUGCCAUGGAGUUCUUGUGACAACUGGUGGAAUACGGAUGCAUGCCGGAGGUUCGAUACAAAGAAUUGCACCGCCCACGGAGGAGUUCACCUCGCCAACGGUUCGUGCAUCAUCCAGGACGAAGUUGACCCGGCCUUCUGGGAUGCGGUGAAGAAUUCUACGGACAACACGAAAAUGGCCAGUGACGAAUUCUUCCACAACUUUGUGCUGGACCUGACCGAAGGGCUGCACGACCUUGGCGGUGUGCGGUGGCAGUUGGCUCUGUGCCUUUUCAUCUGCUGGGUCAUCGUGUUCUUCUGCUUGUACAGAGGCGUGAAGACAAUGGGAAAGGUCGUCUACUUCACAGCCUUGUUUCCAUACGUUGUUCUCGUCAUUCUGCUGAUCCGAAGCUGCACUCUCGAAGGGGCUUACGACGGCAUUAUGUUUUAUCUGACGCCACAAUGGGAACGACUUACGGAAGCUAGGGUCUGGGGUGACGCUGCAAUGCAGAUCUUCUUUUCCUUGUCUCCGUGCUGGGGAGGCCUUAUUACUUUAGCCAGCUACAACCGUUUCCAUAACAACUGCUACAGGGACACGCUGUUCAUCUGCUUCGGCAACUGCGGCACGAGCUUCUUCGCCGGAUUUGUCAUAUUUAGCAUAGUCGGUUUCAUGGCACACAAGCUGGGUGUGAACGUGUCUGAAGUCGCUGCUCAAGGUCCCGGGUUAGCUUUUGUGGCUUACCCCGAAGCGGUGACUCAUUUACCUCUGCCACCUCUGUGGGCGUUCCUAUUUUUCUUCAUGCUCAUGACCCUGGGAAUGGGAACUCAGUUCACGAUUAUCGAGACGGUCGUUACCACCAUCGUCGACACCUGGCCAGAGAAGCUUCAGCACAGAAAACCUCUCGUGUUACUCGGUGUUUGCACGACGCUGUUCUUCGCGGGACUCAUCAUCUGUACGAACGGUGGCAUGUACGUGCUGCAGCUAAUGGACAACUACUGCGCUAGCUUCUCUGCCUUGAUGAUCGGCUUGACAGAAAUCAUCGUGAUAGCCUGGAUAUACGGCGUCGAUCGGUUUAUGGAGGACAUCAAGGUCAUGUUGGGCCAUUAUCCGUUCCCCGUGCUCUACUGGAGGUUGGUGUGGAAGUACCUGGUGCCAACGCUUAUUUUGGGCAUCUUGGUGUUCUCCUGGAUCGACAUGCCUGCGACCAAGUACGGCGAAUACGAGUUCCCGUCUUGGGCCACCGGUGUGGGAUUCCUGUUCUCGUUCGCCUCAGUCAGCGCCAUACCGAUCGUGGCUGUUAUGAAGAUCUACAACGCCAGGGGAACGUUAAAAGAGCGCGUCAAGAUGCUCUCCCAGCCGGCGGCCGACUGGGGCCCCAAGCUGCAGAUGCACCGCAUGGAGACGCACAGCCCCAAGCACACGGACUCGCAGGUGCCUCUGGCGCUGCCCAGCUACAACCAGGACGGCGAUGACGACGACAUCUUCCCGGUGUACUACAAGCCGGACAAUGGCGACUCCGAGUCGGAAGCCGGCGGCAUCAGUCUCAACAUCCGAAAGGGUUCCUACGAGUCGGGCCGAUGAGGGCGCCGUCUCCCCGCUGUGCACGCAGAGAGUCGCCAGGGGCCGCUUCCGUCGCGACGCGGCCCCGACGUCGCCGGCACGACGUCUUCCUCCGCAAGUGCCACAGCAGCACCGUCUUCCACGGAGAGAUUCGGGGCCGGCACCUCGGCUACCCAGACAGUCGGAGGUUGUCCACACCUUGUAGCUGUACUGUAGCCAGCAUCUCAGUUCUUUGGCCGCGAGACCUAUGGCAGGCUAGGUGGAGGUAAACCAAGGUCGCCUGCCAAACGCCUGUUGAUAAGAGGGAGAGGACUCCGGCGGCCGUCUUUCCAAUUUUGCCGAGUGAUCUCGCGCUCCACCGCCGAGAUUCAAUCUCGGACGGCAUGGGCUAUUGCCACAGGAUCGAUCCCUCCCAAACCGAAGUGAUCACUUGUAGCCCACGAGAAAAGUUUGGCCUUUCCUCAGUAGAAAGUUGACGUCGUCGGCGAAAGCAUGACGCUGUCGCCACUUCGCGAGCUCUCCCAUUUAUCAUGCCUUGUGGAUCAGACUUGCUUGAAGAACGUGCAACCUAAUUGGCGUUUAUCAGGCGACUGGUUUACAUCUCCUGGAUAAGAAACGUACUAUAACGUCACUCUGUCGCCAAAUUGUGACGUAACGGCUCGAAUGCACUCGGCCUGGGCUAACCGCGACCUGGCAAAGGACACCAGCUCAUUGAGUAUCCUGGCCUAUAUAAAUGCUAGAAAGAUCGAAAGGAAACAUGAACUUCAACUUCGUUUCCCAAACGAACACGCUUUGCAGCAACAUUGCUAUGAGCCUUAUAUAGUUGAAGCUGGCUAAGAGCCGCCUGUGUAUCAGACUAGCCAAAUCUGAAUCCCUAAGGAUAUAAGCAUUGAUUUUGCCAGCUUGUUAGCUAGUAUUGUGCACUUUGCAGCAAGGUAAUGUGUAGCUUAGGAAAGCUUUCGAAAGCGAAUACGUUCUCGCUUUCUGAAUUUUCCUUCUCGCAAGUUGCCUACGUCUUAGAAACACGCAGGUGCGUCAACAACACGACGCUGUAGCAACCUGACGUCACAAGUAUUUAUUAUGGAAAGGAAAGAAACAUCUCUGGCAUGGCCACACGACAUGCGUCUAAGCCGAGUAUAGUUCUGAAGUUGAUAUACUGCCGGUCCUUACUUGAUCUGAGACGCCUACUUUGUUUCAGCCUGAUAUCUGAUGCUGUUGGCUAUUCUUUAUGAAAAUGCGUAAAAAGAAACUUGCAGAAGCAAAUAUGUGAUAGCAAGUAAAGGCUAUCAUAGACCAUAGGUAGAUAAGCACCAUGACACUAAAGGAGAGUGAAGAUAACCUAUAACCUUUGAUUUAACUUGCGAAAGAAUCGAACUUGCGAAGUUUUUUUUUCGAAAAACAAAUUGUCCUUUGUCAAAAGGUAAUAUAGAAGUCUCAGUGUCGGGCUGAAAUGAAGUAAACUCCUGUGAAGAUGGUGCUCUGGGCAUCUAUGUGUGUCCAUGUAUUAUAUCAAUUGUUUAGUGAAAGAAUCUGUUGUAACAGAUACAGGAUUUCAUCGAUCACACAAAAUUCAGCUAUUGUACAUUGCGCUUAUUGUAUUGUUUGCAGGUUUGGUGCAAUGAAAAACAGUCAUUUUCACAGACAUAGAGGAGCCCUCUGUAUCCAUAGAGUCACACAUAUCACUUUCCUGUACGGUUUGUUUGCAUGUACAGUCAACUUUUUGGUGGCUGGCGCACAUCAUAAGAGAGAGAAAAAAGGAAUCUAACAUGUAAGGAAGGCUACUAGCAUUUUUUACACGUGGAAUAUGCAACGCCUUUGCAUGCAGAUUAUUGUAAUGGCUAAAAAUGUUUAUUUUCAUUACCGAUGGCAUACUAAAAUAUAAGAAGAAAGAAAGAAAGCUGGCAGGAGGCCCGUCAUGUCUCAAUGCUGUUUGCUUUUUAAAAUUGUGCUCAAUUCGUGAAACGAACUUCCCCACUUAAAAGUUAACAAGCACGCGAGAACGCUGACUAGCAUUUCAGCGUAUGCAUUGUACAAUAAGAUAAAAAAGAAAGCUAUCUCUGCCUUAGGCUCUCUCAAUACACUCGCAUGUUCAAUGACGAAUAUUUGCAUAUAUGAAUAGGUAGACAAUAGGUUUUCACUUUCCUAGUGCUUUUUUGACAGCAUUCCUGUCAGAAUGCAUAUUUAUGUCAUCAACCUGGUGAUUGCACUAGCUGUUUGUUGAGAAUAUCAGGACCCGUUAGCUCAUUACCGACUGGUACGCUGCUCGCAAAACACAUUCAAGACGUGACAUGCAGUUUUCUACAGUUUAUACUUGUAGGUCAUGAAUGAGCGGCUUCAGGUGCCCUUCUCAUCGGGUUUGAGGAGAGUGGCAAAUCCAUUUUGUCCUUUCCAAUGUUAGUGACAGAGAAACGAGGAGAAAUGUAAAAUGCGUGCCAGAUUGUGUACACUUCGACAGCGGUGUUUUUAGCACUUUGAGGGUACACACGCGAAUUUUAGCUGUGAUGUUGCUUGCUCACAUCAUUAGAGAGAGAGAGAGAGAGGAAGAGUAAUUUAUGAGAGUAUGCGCGAAAAAAAAAAAAAAGAAAGCGCGCGUGUUUAUGUCUUCCUCUGAAGCGGUAUACAUGGCUUGAACAGUACCCAGAGAGCGGUGAUCAACUUGUAUAUAGUCAUACUUGUAGAUUUAUCAUGAAACUGCUGGUUUGUACUUACAAGUGCCACGUCGUGACGUUCACUUUCUUUUGUUUUUUUGUCAUUCAUUUAGCCAUUAUUUUGAUCCUGUUGCUGUUGCUUGCUACGUGCAUUCUCUCUUUUUUUUUUUUUUUGUUGCCGGAAUGCUGUUGAGAUGAACGAAUGUGUUGUUCGAUAUCGGGCCGUGGCGACAGGCAGGCUGGGAAGAUUCGCAUCAAUCACAGAUCGAAGUUCAGAAAAAAACUGUUGUGACCUUUACAAUAGCGAUUAACAACCUGUUAAACAAGAAACUGUAAAAGAAAAAAAGAAAAACACUUGGCAGAGACAAACAAGGAGGGCGGUGCUGGUUUUGUAUAAUUUCAGCAAUAUUGCAUGGUGUUCAUUGAACACUUAGUGACCAUUUGUUGCUUUGUAAUUGAGUGCGCAAUGCUGCCUUUGCCAAAUUUCAACUCGUCUUUUAUUUGAAAGCUUGUUCACGCUUCUUCAAUCACAUUGACUAUAGUUCAGUCUUAUUAUUCGAUGAACACUGAAGGAUAUCGAGAAUGUCACAGAUCGAAGCGCUUUUGAUUGGUUCUUGCUUUCGCUUGAUAAAAGUGCCAGCUAUCAUUUGUCUGUUGACCGCGUAAAACGAUUUUCACCACGUUCGUUCUUUCAAUUACGGUGUGCAAGAGUGAGUGUCGCUCAAUACAUAAAGGGCACCACGAAUGCAAUUGUAAGAAGCUUAGAAGAAGAAGCCACACUGUGAAGUUGUACAUACAUCUGUCUAUUUACACCGGUUUUAGAGACAUAUGACUGAACCUCCCCUUCUCUUCCUUUCUUUUCUCACGGGGGGUGAGGGAGGAGGUGGAGAUGGUGUGUCGCGAACGUCUCUUGCGACUACAGACAAGAAACACACGACGCGCAAGAAUCAGGGAAGCCUACCGACUCUUGCAGACUUGUGCCAACUGAAACGCGACGACAGUCUGUCAUGAGUUUGUUGUCGCGUGUUUGUUAAGCGUGGUUGCUAGUCAUUUUAUUGCCCUGCGCGGCGAGCGCAUUGCUCCUGCUCAGCGAGAUCUGUCUUGCACUCGGUGUCGGGGUCGUAACUUUCGGUUCGCGAGCCCUAGGCGGGCGCCCAGCUUUUAUACGUAUCGGUGUCGAGGUUAUAACUAUUUUCUCAGUUCCAUUUCAUCGGCCGAAAUGCGCAACCUGACGAACAAGCAAAAGCUGGUGUUUAGUGGGCACACGUCCCAUAUACGUGUGCCUCAGCUCGUAAUUUCCUGUAGCCAACCUGCCAACAUCCUUCGAAAGCAUUGUUUCUCUCUUUUUUUUUUCUUCUUGUAAGCUGACUUUCAUCAUUGUUGUGUUGGUUGCUUCACUGUUUGCUGGUAAAGAAUUGAACGCCGAAAUUGCGGCUGUUUGGGGUUUGUUGGUUCAACACAUUGACAAAUUGUGCUGCAGUAAAGAAUGAACAGACAGACAGAAAAAAAAACGAGACUGUAAUAGCGCUCGUCUGUCGUCUCGCUUCUUCUGUUGAUGUCUUUCUUUUUCCUGCGGUACACUUUGUCAAUAGACUGAACGCCGCACCGCCUUAGCGGUCAUGCAAAACAGCGCUACCGCCUUUGAAAAUAUGUAACAACGUUCCUCUCCUCUGCCGCCGUUGACUAAGUUGCAGCUGCGUAGCCACACCACUCGUUGCUAUUAUUCGACCCUCGCGAGAAAGCCCGCUGCGCUUGUUUACGAUCCCCGUUGCCAUCGCAGCGAAUCAUUGCGAAAAGGUUCCUACCGUAUACAUGUUUGAAUUCUCACGACGUGUCGUUGCAGCGGUUGACAGAACGAACCUGUGGUACAAGGCAAGAAAGAGGCUCUGAUGAAGGCUGCUCACUCCAUAGCCGUGUUCCGGCAUCUUGCAAUUUAGGGUACUCGAAGAUCACAAUGUUGUGUCACUGACAAGUCCCUUGUUUUUAGAGGUCUAUACGCCUUCGGGUUGGAGCUUAUGUUAUACUACGGGUCGUGAUAACGCCAGAAAAUAAGCCCCAGUGUGUCGGAGCAUGUUAAUUGAGAUCGCGCGGGUUAGUUCGACAAUUGCGCAAGCUUUGGCUUCUACAGUUAUACGAACGAGAAGUCGCAACGGCGAUAUCCUGGACUGGAGAAUUUUAGAGCUGGAUUUGGUUUCCAUGUGGUCCGUCUUGCAAUACUUGUCUGUUCUCUUGUUUUUUUUUUUUCAAUAACUGAAGCUCGCGGCGUUCUCAAUUGCAGACGCGCGCGAAACUACACAAAUUUCGUUUUUUUGCAUCCAUCAGUUUGUAUUGUUUCUCGCAACCAUAAAUUGGUACUCGCAGUACGCAAAACCGGCGGUGGUGUCCCCGCCGAACUGUCUUCUCAACGAAGUGUUUUCGAAAUGUCUCUUCUUUUUUGUACAUACGUAACAUAGAAUGACUCAUCACAUUGUUUCAGGUUCUGAAAACGUGCUAUAAUGUUUUGUUUGUUUGUGCGUCUUCAUUUCAUCACUCAUGACAUUGAACUUGUUGCAUGAAUGAUUACAUAAUAAACAUCUGGUGAUAACUCGG